AGUCGUGCGCACAGACUUUUAUUCUGAAAUUCAUAGCCAAAGCAAACCGGAAGUCGUUUCGUUGCCAGCCACACACUUUCAACGAGAUGGUUAAUGUUUUUUUGUCGUUAACUGACGAUAUUUAUUACAUUUACGGUUGUGACGGUAUUGUGUGUUUCUUAGUUAAGGACUCGCAUUGUGUUAAAAUCACAGGGCAAAAUGACGUCAUGAAACCGUGCUCGUUGUCGAUCAAAGUGUGUAACGUUAACUCGUGGUCCACGGCCAACUUAAUUCACGAACUUUAUAUCGCUUAGAAAUGUCAAAAAUGUGGUUAAAGAUGCUGGCAUGACAUCGUUGCUCCCUGAAUGGACUGCAUACCGUCAGAUUGUUGUUGUUGACACGUCUGGGGUGUAAUCGGAUCAGGGAAGAUGCAACAAGUUCCGUACGGAUCCGUGGAUCGAGACAAGCCGCUCAUCCGAUUGUCUUACACCCGUAUGCUGGUGAUCACGGUGUCUUUGCCUCUGCUCGGCCUCAUCGCCUGCAUCGUGUUGUCAAUGUUCAAUCACUACAAUGCGGCUACCUACACACACUGCGAUGUUGCUAACUACCUCCCAUCCAUCAGCGCGGCCAUCAGUCUGACACCCGAGCGCUACAUCUGGCGCUUCAGCAUCGGCCUGCAUUCAGCCCCGCGGCUCCUGAUGGCAGCAGCGUACCUGGGCUUUUACCGAUGCAGAUUAAAGAGAAGACUUAAAGAGCAACUUCUCAGUGUCCUUACAUUCCUCUUAGCUCUCAGCGAAAACGUUGGACUUCUUCUGCUCACCUACGUCUCCUCCACAGAGAAUUACAAUGUCCAUAAAAACGGCUUUAUGAUGUUUGUUGGCAGCUCUUUAUUCCACAUGAUAUGCACCUGUAGGUUGUGGUCAGUGAUCGCGAAGUAUUCCCUCACUUCAGAGGAGAUGAUGUCAUACCGCCGUAAGUUCCGCCUCUUCGUCUUCAACGGCUGUUUCUGCCUGUUGGCUUUCUACUUCUUCAGACGGCACAACACGUACUGUGAAGCAGGAAUUUAUACACUCUUUGCUUUCUGUGAGUAUCUGGUGGUGCUCUCCAACAUGGCCUUCCACAUGACUGCCUACUGGGACUUUGGAGGUAAAGAGGUGAUUGUUGCAACAUCUCCAGAGGGAAAACACUUCUGAUGUGGGAUGUAAACCCUUACAUCAUAUUCCUGGAACUUGAGACACUGCGGCUGUCAUAUUGACCAUCAUGCUGAGGUUGAUUCGGUUCCAAGACUGAUCAAUCAAAGCAUGCACAUGUACGAGACAAUUUACAUACAAUAUUUAUUAAUCAGUGAUUUACUGAAUUUCAAAUGAUUCUUUUCAUUGAUUCCACGUAGAGGAAACUCAUGGGUGUAGUUGGUCUUCUUAUUUUGUCCUCAAAAUGUUCAGUAAUUUAUUAUCUCUUAAUCACUUUUAGUCUAAUAAAAACACAAAGUGGCGUUUCUCUUUCUAGUUCAUGUUCAGGAGCGCCUGUUAAGUAUUUGCUCAUUAUUUGCAAAUGUAUAAAGGAAGAGACUGUAAUGUAUUGUCAGUGUGUUUGAAGUUGCUGUUUCACCGCUGUCGCUGUAACAGUGAGAACUGCUCGUGUAUUAACAUCCUUUAACACAACAGAUCAUACACAUCUAGAGACUGUUAAUGCUAGUAGGAGUUCAUUCACACCAGACAGUUCUCUCUUCCUUUGUAAUUCUAGUGUCAAUCAUGUGAAAGUUAAUUUGCACUUCCUGUUCUUUUUAUUGGCUAAAGAGCGUUGGUAAGACCGUACUUAUUUAUACUGUUAAAUGGUGUUUAUUAUAGGCCUUAGUACAUGUAAAAUGUGAUAGUUGCCAUGUUUUAAACGCCAGGACUGCUAUAAUACAGUGUAACACGUGACUUGUGUUUGACAGAUUUUUUAAUAGAUUUUUAAAGGCUUUUUUAUGUUAAGAAUGAUAUUGUGAACAUAUCUGCAUAUAAUAAUGCUCAUUUUGAUGUUUUUGUGUCAAAUAAAUAUUUUGAAUUAAAUUA